UGUGCUUCUGAGAUCCACAAGACAUUACAGUCUUUGGCCGGAAGUGCAUCGGAGAGGCCGUGAGGUGACCCCAACCGACAGUGUCACUAGUGAGGCGCCAUUUGAAGCAGAUCACCAGCCAUCAGCCAGAAAGGAAAUGGAAUCCAUUCAGAACUUCAGCCUGACACCAGAAAUACAGCCUCAACAAGAAGCCAGCUCCAUGGGGCAGCAUGACAAGGACCACAGUGUAUCUAUAGGUGACUUACAAGAGAGGUAUGAUACACAGAAGGAAAACCUUGAAAUGCAUCUGCAAAAUGCCAAACUCAGGAUUUCUUCUGAACUCCCCACUGAAGAGAGAGGGAGCAGUGCCUGUCUUCAGAUGAAACUGAGCGAGCUCCAGGUCUUAAAAACCGAAGUGGAUGCUCAGUGGAAAGAGUUUGAAGUUACUUCUCUGAAGUUAGAAAGGGAAGUGAGUGAUGAAGAGAAGGCUGAGAUCAUAAAGGCAAGAGACAGAUUAAAGGAAAAAGAAAAUGAGCUUCAGACACCUCUUCUUACCAGAAUUGAGUCUUUAGAGACUGCACUACAGUUUGUGCUCCCAUUGGAGGAGACAUUCCGGCUGUGCAACUUGGAGCUGGCCGGGUUUGCAGUGACUGCAAAGGGGUUUCUUCUCACUGAUGCUGACGGCCACUAUCAAGCCAUGAAGGGUAUCCAAGAUUCUAUUACUUCACAAAUCAAGAUGUUUACCAAAUUAGAAGAGCCAGACAACUUAUUCUUGAAGCCGUUACAUGCACUGGAUCUGCAUGAAACACAGGAUAUUAUUCUGAAAUGUAAAACACAACUAGAGACAAUGAACCACAAAGUCCAGCUGCGACAAGAUGCCCUGAAGGCUCUGGAAGAUUUUUUAUCUUCUUUAAGAACACUUGAGCUCUCUGUUGAAACUGAUACGGAUCUUUCUGCCUCAGAGAUAGAAGUGGUGCCCCCAAAGAUUUGGACAGUACAAAAUAUUCAGAGUAAAAUUCAUCCCAUGAAAGAGGAGGCCAGGCUCUUAGAUGAUCGCUUGAAGAUGCACCUUAUAAAUGUGACAGAGGCCGACCGAGGUGAACAUACCUCGUGUGAGAAACUUCUUGAUGUCUUAUCAGUAAAGUUAUUAGAGGCCCAUGGUCACAGUAGACAGGAGGAACUUCCUGAGGAGAACAAAUUGUUAGCAGCUUGUGCUUCUAAAAAUAAUGAGCUCUUUAAGAGUAUUCAAGAUGUACAGAGUCAGAUCAGUAAAAUUGGCCUGAAGGAUGCUACUGUUCCUGCUGUGAAGCUUCGGAAAAAAUCAUUACUCAGGCUGGAUGAGGAGCUAAAUAGAUAUGAAAAAGAGAAGAAACUCUUACAAGAAAUGGCUAAGUGUCUCCCACAAUUCCAAGAUGGACGUGAGAAAACUCUGAGUCAGCAGUGCCACUGUACGGUGCUGCUGUGGGAGAGCACCAAAGCUUCUGUCACUGAAUGUCUUGAACAAUGUUGGAGAGUAUUGGAGCUCCUAAGACAGUAUCAGAACUCUAAGAGUGUCUUGACAACUUUGAUUCAGAAAGAAGAGAAUGUCUUCUCCCUGCAGCCUUCAUACAUGGGAAAGGACAACCUGAAGAAAAGGAUGGCAGAGAUUGAAACUGUCAAACAAGAAUUUAAUGAACAUUUAGAAGUGAUAGACAAGAUAAACCAGAUCUGCAAAAACCUUCAAUUUCAUCUAAACAAAAUGAAAGUCUUUGAAGAGCCCCCUUUUGAAAAAGAAGCUAAUGUCAUUGUGGAUAGAUGGCUUGAUAUGAAUGAGAAGACAGAAGAGCAUUAUGAGAAGCUUGGUCGAGCUCUGGCUUUGUGGGACAAACUUUUUAACUUAAAAAAUAUCAUCGACAAGUGGACUGAAAAAGCUUGUCAGCCAGUGGACUUGGGUCAGCUGACUGAAGAGGAUGGAGGCAGACUGAAGGAAGAAUUACAAGCCCAUGAAGAAAAAACUUUGGAAUUUUCUAGAAGAGUGACUGAAAUACAGUUCCUGCUUCAGAGUAGUGAAAAACCACUGGAAUUGCAGGUCAUGGAGUCUUCUGUUUUGAGCAAGAUGGGCCGUGCAAGAAAGUAUCUCACAGGGGAAUACAAUGGCUCCGAGCUCAGUGGCAGCCCAGCGGAGCUCAGGGAGGAUCUGGACCAAGCCAAGACCCAGAUUGGGAUGACCGAGUCCCUCCUGAAAGCACUGUCCCCCUCCGACAGCUUGGAGAUCUUCACGAAACUUGAGGAGAUACAGCAGCAGAUUCUCCAGCAGAAACACAGCAUGACCGUCCUGGAGAAUCACAUAGGUUGUCACACUCCUGAGCUCUAUGACUUGAAAAAGCAGUAUGAAAGUGUCAGUGAUUUAUUCAGUGCCAAGAAACGUGUUUUGCAAGAUCACUUCUGUGCAUUGUUGAAUGAUCAGUGCAAGAACUUUAAUGACUGGUUCAGCAGCGUUAAAAUGAGCCUUAAGGACUGUUUUGAAUCCUCAGAAACCAAGAUGAGUGUGGAACAAAAGCUACAAAAACUUUCUGAUUUCUUGACUCUUGAAGGGCGAAGUGAUAAAAUGCAGCAGGUGGACACUGUCCUGGAGCGUGUGCAAAAGCAUCUUCCCAAAGCACAUGUUAAGGAGCUCCACAGCUGGCUCCUGAGUCAGGAAUUGGAAUUAGAGAAGAUGGAGUCCAUCUGCCAGGCCCGCGCAAAGGAACUUGGUCACCACCAGCAGCAGCUGCUGAGGUUGCAGGAUGAUUAUAGAAACCUGAGUAAGUGGUUGACUAAUCAAGAAGAGAAAUGGAAAGAAAUGGGAAAAUCAGGAGAAAAAGCUGAGCUAUUUUGGGAAACAUUAGCUCGAAAGAGAGAACACUUUGAAUCUGUGGUCCAGCUGAACAACUCUUUGAAGGAACACGGGUUUACGGAGGAAGAAGAAAUAAUAGCAGAAUCAACACGUUUGAUUGAUAGAUACCAGACAUUAUUGAGACAAUUACCUGAAAAUGAAGAAGAGGCUAAGCUACCACCUGCUGAGGACCAGAGCCUUCCUGAUCUUGCACAUGAUGUGAUUCUGUGGAUAAAAGAGAUUAAAGAGUCCCUUAUGGCUUUGAAUUCAUCUGAAGGCAAAAUGCCACUUGAAGAAAGAAUCCAAAAAAUAAAGGAAAUCAUUUUACUAAAGCCUGAAGGGGACGCCAAAAUCCAGGCUAUUAUGAGACAAGCUGAAGGUAGCGAGGCCCCCAUGGUUCAGGAGACCCUGACUGAUAUCAACAGCCAAUGGGACAGCACGCUCCACUUAGCCAACACGUACCUAAGCCACCAAGAAAAGCUUCUGCUGGAAGGAGAGAAAUACCUGCAAAGUAAGGAAGACUUGAGACUGAUGCUCACAGAACUAAAGAAGAAACAAGAAGCAGGCUUUGCUCUACAACCUGGCCUGCAGGAGAAGCAAGCCCAACUAAAAAUCUACAAGAAAUUCCUCCAGAAGGCACAAGAUUUGACAUCCUUGCUAAAGGAGUUAAAAUCUCAAGGAAAUUACCUCUUGGAGUGUACCAAAAACCCCAGCUUCAGUGAAGAGCCCUGGCUGGAAAUAAAACAUCUACAUGAAAGUCUCCUUCAGCAACUGCAGGAUUCUGUGCAAAAACUGGAGAGUCAUGUUGAAGAACACUGCUCAUACCAGCUUGCAGUCUCAGAGCUGAACACCACCUUGGGCCAUUUCUCUGAGGAACUUGACCAUCUCUCCCAUGUGCCGGCAGACCAAACAGCAGUGAAGGACCACCUGCAGAGGCUGCAGGAACUAGAGAAUAGAUUCAGUUUCCAAGAUGAGCGACUAAAGAAGAUUCUAACCUUGGCAAAAUCCAUCAAGCAGAAUACAUCUUCGGUGGGACAGAAAAUAAUUAACGAUGAUCUACAAUUACUAGAACAUAAACAAAAGGGUUUAGAAAACAGAAUUGAAUCUGCUAAGCAGGAGACUGAAGAUUGUCUCAGCAGACUUCUCAGGUCAGAAUGUUUACCAGAAAAGCCUGAAAAGUUUUCUCCAUCAAGUGGAGAGGGGCAGGGCACUUCUGAAGAGCCAGCGACCACCAAUGGCUCAGUGGCAGUGGAGAAGUUGGAGGAAGAUUGGGAUGGAAACGAGAAUUCAGCAGUGGAAAUGGUUUUAUCAAAACUUUCCCUGGAUGCUCAAGAAAGCAUGAAAAACACUGGAGACGAGCAGAAAGUCAACGAGCUGCAAAAUCAGCCUUUAGAAUUAGAUGUUAUGUUAAGAAGUGAGCAAUUAAGAGAAAUACAGGAACUGUAUAUCCAGUUGGAAGCAAAAAAAGCAGCUAUUGAAUCCCCAGAGCAAUCGGAACAUCUCCACACAGCUGAAACAAGUGCUGUGCAUCUCCACGAUUCAAGUCCUUCGGCACAUGGCUUAGACAACCUGCUCCAGGCACUUACCACUCUGAAGAAAAACAAAGAAAGCCAGUAUGGUCUCCUUCAUGACUUUCAGGAACACCUUUCAACAGCUGAGUCCUCACUGAAAGCCUUGUUGGCAGAAAAGGAAAGUCUGAAAGUGGGACCACUGGACAAUGCAACCUAUGUGGACAAACUGCAGAAAUUUCUUGGAUCCGUAGAAAAAGAGAAAGGAUGUGUAAGCGAGCUUCAACGCAGAUGGGAGAGUUUAGCAAAGCAUCUGUGCAACAUGGACAAGAAGUUGUUGGAGAGCCAGAUGAUACAACUUGAACAUGGGUGGCAGCAAGUGGAAGAACAGGUUGGAAGUAAACACUCCCGGCAAAUCCUGGAACACGAUUCAUUUUCCUCCCUCAUAAACAAGGUCCACCACCUUGGCAUUUCUCUAGAGCAACAGCAUCAGAGUUUGCUGUUAAAACUAAAGGCCCCAAAUGAACAAGAAGGGAGCCCAAGCAUCGUGGCCUUGGCUGCUGACCUCCAGGCACACAAACAAGAAUUUUCUGUGUUAAAAGGGCAAGCUGAGCUUCAGAUGAGAAGAAUCUGGGGAGAAAAAGAAAAGAAGAUUUUGGAAGAUGCAGUCAAUAAUUUGAAGAAGCAACUGGAAGUCGUGGAGCCAUUAUACCUCAAGGUGGAAGAGCAGAUUAAGAAGUGUAACCUCAGGAGCAAGAUGAAGGAAAUCCUCUUGUGGGUGAAGACUCUGUUGGGUGAACUCGCCUCCCCCAUUUCCCUACUCCCAGAUGACAUCCUCUCACAGAUCCGAAAAUGCAAGGUGACGCACGACAGCAUUCUGGAUAAGCAGCGGGCCGUGGACUCAUUGGUAGAAGAGGUGAAGGAGACCAUCUCUAGCUUGCCAGCCACUGAGAGUGAUCACUUCAGUAAUCUCCUGGAGGAUUUACAGAAUCAGUACCAGGUGCUGAUUUUCAAAUCGACUCAGAGGUCACAGCAACUGGAAUUUGAGUUGGAAGAAAGAAGCAAAUUGUUUGAAGUUCUAGGGCAGGCUCAACGUAGCCUUCAAGAAAAUGAAGCACUGAUAAUUUCCAGGAUGGGAGCCAUCUCCUCAGAGGGUGAACUGGACAAUCAGCUGGCCACACUGAAGGCAUCUCAGAAGGAAUUGCAAGAGAUCGAAAACGUGAGCUCCACCCAUCUUCAUGAGCUCACAGACACUGCCUAUAAGGAUCUGAACGUGUUUGAGAGAUUAUUUCUGGAUGAUCAGUUGAAAAGUCUUAAGACUAGAGCCAACAGGGCACAAAGAUUCAUUCAGAAUAAGUGUAAUGAAGUAGAACACAAGAUGGAUGCUUACCGAGAAUUCCAUGCAGAAAUCUGUGCACUCCAGGAAGCCCUUGACAGUGUGCAAGUCAGUGAGCUGACGCUUAGCCAAGAAACAAAGGAAGAUGUUAAAGGGGAGUUCAUGAGACUAAAGCACAAACUUGCUAGUAUUCACUGCAGCAUCUCACAAGUGUGGGCACUUCAGGAAGCAUUUGACUACCUAGGGCUAGAUGGGGAGGGUUUGCAUGUUAGACAGUUACAAACCCAAGCGUCAGAAAAAGAAAAGGAACUUGAAGAAAAAAUGAAGCAGUUGAACACAUUUGUGACAGAGCAUGGCAAAUAUCAGGCAUUGCUCAGUAACAUAAGGGCUGUGGAUUUGCAAAUCGAGGAAAAGGCUGAAUUUAUCUUUAAACCUAGUACUUCAUCAGAAAGCAAUCUGCUUGAUGCACAAGUACUGAAUCAGAGAAUUCAGAAAGCUAAGGAGCUUUAUGAUGACAUAAUAAAGAAAUUAAGUGAAAAUGAGGUCUUUGAUGACUCCUUCAAAGAGAAAGAAAUACUACACCUAAAGCUGAAGGCUAAAGAAAAUGAUAAGUUACACGAGGAUCUCCAAAACACACUACGAGAAUUCCAGCCCAAAGAAAUGGAUAGAAAGAAUGUUCAAGAUAACCUCGAACAUUCCUUACAUGUUUUAAGUCAGAUACAAUCUCAGUUACAGCAGCCUUUACUUCUGCCUUUGGGAAUUAAGCAUAUUCAAAAUGAGAAGGAGCAUUGUGAAGCAUUUCAAGCUCAAGUUCAGGCGGAAAUGUUUCAUAUUAAACCUGUGACUAUUACUGGGAAUGGAGGAGUAGAAGAAAACGCUUGUGAAAUUGAGGAUGUGGAGACAAAAUUGCAUGCCAUCCAAGAUCUUCAAAUGCAGCUUUGCAAGAGCAUUGACUUGCGCACACAUGCCUUGGAUGAAGCACACAAGAACACAGUGUGCUACAGUGAAGCAGUCACUCGUGCACUAGGGACCAUCGCCUCCCUUCACGCCAUCAUCACAGCCCUGAGAGUAGACUUUUGUAACCCAGGGGCCUCGCUAGAGCUGCUUCACACGAAACAAGAGGAACUGGAAUCCAUGAUCGCACACAUUCAAGACCUCGCUGAGAAACUCCAGGUCAUAUCCCUCCCAGAGGCCAAACUGCAGCUCCAGGAAACUGUCCAAGAACUAGUUUCAAAGAGCUCAGCCUUGAAGGUGGCAGGGAAAGUGCAGGAAGCUGAAGUGGAAAGGUGUCUGGAGAAUUACAGAUGCUACCAAAAACUGAAAGAGGAGCUUCGCACUAACCUCAGGAAGGCAGAGACCAUUCUGGGGCAGCCCACGGCCCUGCUGCCCCGCUCUUACAAAGAAGCCUUAGCUCGCUUGGAACAGAGCAAGGCCUUGGUGUCAAAUCUCAUCGGAACCAAAGAAGAGCUGGUGAAGCUACAGCAGGUGGUCAGACAUUUGAGGCGCAGGUGCUCGGAAAGCAGUGCUGUGGGUGUGCUCAGAGGCGCAGCGGCACUGUGGGAUGAAUGGCUGAGUUUGCUAGAAGCUGCCAGGGCGUGGGACAGGUGGAGUGAAGAACUGAAGCAGGAAUGGAAAUUCAUCAGUGAGGAAAUUGAACGAGAAGCAAUUAUUUUAGACAACCUUUCAGAAGAACUCCCAGAAAUUUCCAGAAUAAAAGAGGCUGCCACCACUGAGGAGCUCUCGGAGCUGUUGCAUUCUCUAAGUCAAUAUGAAGAGAGCAUAGAGAAGCAGCAGCUAUUAUUGAGCCUACUUCUGCGGCGCAUAAAGAAUAUCCAGAAUGUUCCUGAAGGCUCAGAGGCUGUGGAAACAACCCCAGCCCUUCAAGAGAUUUUGUCUAUGCAAGAACGGUGUGACAGACUUUUACAGAAAGUUCCACAAAACAAGGAAUUGGUACAGACUGAAAUCCAAGAAAGACAGUCCUUCGUAAAGGAAAUGGUUGCUUUGAAGAGCUUAUUACAAAAGACUAUAGCUUCUUUCCAAAAUAUGGCACCUGUAGACCAUCCAGAAAGGCCAGAACAGUUACAGGAGUUUCAGAGCAUUCUUAAGAGAGGGAAGCUGUCUUUCAAGAACAUUAUGGAAAAGCUGCGAAUCAAGUAUUCUGAGAUGUACACCAUAGUCCCUGCAGAGAUGGAUUCCCAAGUGGAGGAAUGCAGAAAAGCACUCGAAGACCUAGAUGAGAAGAUUAGCAGUGAAGUAUUGAAGAGCUCACCAUCCUAUGUAAUGAGCAGGAAAAUAGAGGACAUUAACCAUGGGCUCCAGCGUGUUGAAAAGAUCCUGCAGCAGAAAAGCAAAAACAUGGAGAUGGCUCAAGAAAUCCAAAAGAAACUGUGGGAUGAGCUGGAUCUCUGGCAUGCCAAGCUAAAUGAGCUGGAUUCUGAAGUUCAGGACAUUGUUGAACAGGACCCAGGUCAAGCUCAAGAGUGGAUGGAUAACUUAAUGAUUCCUUUCCAGCAGUAUCAGCAAGUAUCACAGAGAGCAGAAACCAGAACCUCUCAGUUAAAUAAGGCUACAAUGAAGAUGGAGGAGUAUAGUGAUCUUUUGAAGAGCACAGAGACUUGGAUAGACAAUACCAGUCAUUUGUUGGACAAUCCUGCCCCCUGCGAUUCUUCAAAGACCCUGAGUCACCAUGCUAGUACCCUCCAGAUGGCACUGGAAGAUUCGGAACAGAAGCACAAUCUCUUACAUUCAGUUCUCACGGAUCUAGAAGACUUGUCAGUCAUUUUUGAAACAGAUGACUUAAUACAGUCCAUACAAGAAUUAAGCUCUCAGAUAGCAGCUUUACAACAACAGAUCAUAGAAAACCUUCCACAUGUUCAGCGAAUGGCAGAUGAUGUGGUUGCAAUUGAAUCUGAAGUAAAAUCAAUGGAGAAGAAAGUUUCCAAGAUCAAAGCUAUCCUGUUAUCAAAAGAAAUAUUUGACUUUCCACCUGAAGAACAUCUUAAACAUGGAGAGGUCAUUCUGGAAAACAUCUGUCCCAUGAAGAAAACCAUUGAUGAGAUAGUGUCUUACCGCCUGGAACUCACACUACUGCAUUCCGGAACAAAGCCUCUGCCCGUGUUUCAGAGGACAGAUCAGCUGCUACAGGAUGUGAAGCUGUUAGAAAAUGUCACUCAGGAGCAAAAUGAGUUACUGAAGGUGGUCAUAAGACAGACUAAUGAAUGUGAUGAGGAAAUAGAGAAUUUGAGAAAAAUCAUAAAUAAUUAUUCAGCUGAAUUCUCCCCUGAAUAUAUGUCACCAGACCAAGCCACCGACCUGCCAGCAGUGCAGGGAGAAAUCGGAGGUAUAGAGAAACAGAUUCAGAGCUUAAACCGGAAAAAAGAGGAGCUUCUGGAAGACCUAAAGAUUGCGGUACUCAACCUUCAUCAGCAUUUGAAGCAAGAAGAGCCAGAAGCAGAAGAAGAGAUGCUGUCACCCCGCAGCCCUGAGGAGGGCGGAGUGGCUGAAAGGGAUGCUUGUGAGUGGAAGGUGGAAAGGAGAGGCUCCAUGUCUGUCUUGCCAGCCGUCCAGGAGGAGGUGGAAGAAAGCUCUGUGAAGAGUGAAAAUGGACAUAAAAAUGCAGAGCCGUCUUCUGCCUCUCUGUCUCUGCUCUGGAUGCAAGACAAGGAUCCGGAGGAAGACGGAGCAUCCUCAUCCUCUGCCACCGUCAUCCAGGAGGCAGGUGGGAGGAUAAGUACGUGUGACCGCUCCAUGGCCCAGAUUACCGCACCCAAUUCACCAAGCCCUGAGCAAAGCCCAGAAGCUUCCCUGAUGGCCCGCCAAACAGAAGAGGGUAUUGCACCUCCUAUCAAGGCUGCAGGUCUGGACUUCUCUGACGAACCAGGAACUAUUGAGGCCACGGUGGAGACAAGUAGGCCUCAGCCUGCAGAAGUCCUCCAUGUGUGCAAGACUCAGGUGGCUGAGCUGGAGCUGUGGCUGCAACAAGCUAACGUGGCAUUUGAGCCGGAAACAUUAAACGCAGACAUGCAGCAGGUGGUGGAGCAGGAGCUGGUCGGCUGCCAGGCGAUGCUGACUGAGAUUGAGCACAAGGUGGCAUCUCUGCUGGACACUUGCAAGGACCAGGGCCUGGGAGACAGUGGAGCCACUCAACAUGAGGCCGAAGCACUGUCCCUGAAACUCAAAAGGGUGAAGUGCAAUUUGGAAAAGGUGCAGUUGAUGCUGCAGGAGAAGCACAGUGAGGAGCAGCAUCCCGGCAUGCUGAAGAAACCUCCAGACCAUCAUGAAGUCCUCCAGCCCAUUACCUUUUCUGACCCGGCGUCUUCUGGAACUGAAAGGCCACAGUUCAGCAGACAAAAAGAUGUCCCACUGCAGCAGGUUCUGGAGCUCAAACCGAUGGAACAGAAAGAUUUAAUCAAAUUUAUAGAAUUUAAUGCUAAGAAAAUGUGGCUCCAGGAUUGCCAACAGGAUGACCACACAGCUCAGGAAUCUCCUGGGAGCCACAAGGUAUCUAACCCUGGAAAUGAACCUGCAGACUCAGCCUCAGCACCCGAGAGCCAAAGUGGGGAUAAAUGGCAGUAUCUUCAUCACGAACUGUCCUCAAACAUGCAGCUACUUGUGCCUCAGCUCCUGGAGCCGCAGGUUUCUACCCCGAUGAGUAUUCUACCCAGUGUGAGUGUGUAUAACUUUAGAUACCCAACAACCGAAGAACUGAAAUCCUACACUUCCCAGCUGGAAGACCUACGCCAAGAAGCAAGCAGUCUGCAGACCCUGGAAAAUGUGUCAGAAGAUAUAUCCAUCAACUUGGAUAAAAAGUUAUUUGAAUUCUUUCUGGCCCUCCGCCGGUGCCUGGGCAGCGUGGAGGAGCUGCUGCUGACCCCCGGGCUCUUCCGGGAGGAUGCUUGUGGCCAGCAGGUGCACUGCGAGGAGCUGGCUCUUGAGCUGAAGAAACUUUAUUUUGCCCUGGGAGACAAGAAGGAUGAUCUUUUGAAAGCUCUGGCUUGGCACAGCCAGAAGCCCAAGCUGCUCUCUGACUGUUUUGACGACCUCCACACUUACCUGGAGCACACCCGGGCCAUGGCGGCCUCUCAAAGCAAGGCUCUGAAAGCCGGCCUGGACUACACCCGCAGCUAUCAGAAUGAAAUAAAGCGAUUAUAUGAUCAACUUGUUAAGAACAAGACAGCUUUACAACAGUCUUUGAAUGAAAUGAGUGGCCAGAGCGCUGAUGAACAGCUCCAGAAAGCAGAUGUGCAUACAGCAGAGCUGCAGAACUAUGAAAGCCAAGUGGCCAAGCUCAGGGAGGAAGGAGAGAGGCUUCACCUGCCUCCCGCUUUACUCCAGGACGUGUACAAAUUAGAGGAUGUAUUGGACAGUAUGUGGGGAAGCCUGAGAGCCAGGUACUCAGAACUCAAUAGCCCAUUCAUCACCGAGAGCCAGCGAGAGGCCUUAUUGCAAGGCAUGAUGGAACUAAUAAACAUUGGAAAAGAAAGGCUUGCUCAUGGCUACUUACCACAAGCCAAAAGUAAAGUCACUUUACAGGCUCAAAUAAAAAAUCACAAGGAAUUUUUCCAGAAGCUUGUUGCUGACAUGUUGUUGAUCCAAACAUACUCCACCAGAAUGUUUCCUUCAUCAUUACAAAAGAGAGAGGCCUUUGAGGCGGCACAGGUCGAGGAAGUGAAGACCCUGGAAGCCGAGGCCCGCCAGCGUGGCGCAAAGCUGCAGAGUCUGUUACAGAAAUGGGAAGAAUUUGAUGAAAACUAUGCUGCUCUUGAGAAAGACCUGGAAAUUCUUUUGUCCACGUUGCCCUCUGUGAGUUUGGUGGAAGAGACGGAGGAAAGACUAGUGGAAAGGAUUUCAUUUUACCAGCAAAUAAAGAGAAACAUUGAUGGGAAGCAUGCCCGGCUUUCCCAAACUCUGAAUGAAGGCAAACAGCUAGUAGCCUCGGUGAACUGCCCGGAGCUGGAGAGCCACAUUGGGAAGCUGGAAGAGCAGUGGUUGGGGCUGAAUAGGAAAAGUGACCACGAGCUCCACAGGCUGCAGACCCUUCUCAAGCAUCUGCGCAGUUAUAACAGAGACUCAGACGAGUUAAUCAGGUGGUUGGAAUCUUCUCAGCAGACUUUGAAUUACUGGAAAGAACAGUCUCUCAGUGCCUCUCAGGACCUGGAUACAAUCAGAAGCAACAUAGACAAGUUUUUUGAAUUCUCCAAGGAAGUAGAUGAGAAAUCCUCCCUGAAGUCAGCCGUGCUGAGCACCGGGAACCAGCUUCUUCACCUGAAGUCUGCAGACACGGCCACACUGCGAGCUUCCUUAGCACAGUUUGAACAGAAGUGGACAAUGCUGAUAACUCAGCUUCCGGACAUUCAAGAAAAACUUCACCAGCUUCAGAUGGAGAAAUUGCCAUCUCGUAAAGCAAUCACCGAAAUGAUGAGCUGGAUGAAUAACGUGGAAGGCGAAAUCGCAGGGGUGGCGUCAGGGCCCUCCCUGAGUUCUGCAGCACAGGUGAAAACUCUCCUGCAGAAACUCAAGGAGUUUAGGAUGGAGAUGGACUACAAACAGUGGAUAGUGGACUUCGUUAACCAGUCAUUACUUCAGCUGAGCACCUGUGAUGUGGAAAGCAAACGCUAUGAGAGGACAGAGUUUGCAGAGCACCUGGGGGAGAUGAACCGCCAAUGGCAACAAGUACAUGGAACCCUAAACAGAAAGAUACAGCAUUUGGAACAACUUUUGGAAAGUAUCACUGAGAAUGAAAACAAAAUACAGAUUUUGAACAAUUGGUUUGAGGUGCAAGAAGAGAAGCUGAAGACUUUACAGAAACCUGAAAGUAUGAUCUCCAUCGAGAAACUGCUCCUGGACUGUCAGGAUAUGGAAAACCAGCUUGCAGUGAAAUCCAAAGCAUUGGCCGAGUUGAGACAAAGCCACCUGGCUCUGGGGAGUGAGGACACACCACUGUUAGAUGACAUCGCAUCUGGCAUUGAUGAGCUGUUUCUCAAGAAGAGCAGUGUAGGCAAUCAGGUCACGCAGCUGGUCGCCUGCAUGCAGGCGGUGCUGCAGGAGUGGAGCACGUAUGACCGGCUGUACGAGGAGGUGAACACCAUGGCGAUCCGCUUCGAGUACUGCCUGGAACACUGCAAGCCCACCACUGUGUCACUGGAGGCCUUGAGCUGCCAAGUGGAGAACCUUCAGUCCCUCCAAGAUGAAGCCGAGAGCAGUGAAGGCAAUUGGGAGAAGCUUGAGGAGGUCGUGGUCAAACUCAAAGAUUCCUGCCCCUCCAUUGCUGAAAUAAUGGAAGAGAAGUGCCAGGAUGCACGUGCGAGGUGGACCCAGGCCAACAGUGGCCUUGCCGACCAGCUGCAGAAGGCUGAGAGUCAGCUACAGCUCUGGAAGGCUUACCACAGUGCUCACACUGAAGCCACUGCCUGGCUGGCACAGCAGGAAGGGAAGUUUGAGCAGCUUGCAGACAUCAACACAUCUGGAAACAAUGUGGCUGAGGUCCUCCCGCUGGCCCUGCAGGAUGUAAAGGAGCUGCAGGAUGGUGUGCAGAAGACAAAAGAAGCCUUUCUUCAAAAUAUCACGGUCCUGGAUGGACCCCCACAGCCCGCAGCAUUGGGCAGCUCCCAGCUCCUCACAGGACAACGGCACUCCCUGCAGAGAGCUGACUACUUGGAAAAGAUGCUGCUGCUGAAAGCAAAUGAAUUCGAGAUGAUUCUCUCACAGCUUACGGAUUUUGGGGACCAGCUGGAAUCUUUAAAAGCUCUUAUUACACAUGAGGAAGAGAAUUUGGAUAAACUUUACCAUCAAGAAAAAGAAGAAAAUCUUGACUCAUUUCUGAAUCCUGUGUUGGCCCUGACAGCCAAGUCACCAGACAUUGAACGUUUGAACGAAGAGAGCCUCAAGCUCCCACUCAGUGACAUUGCCAUAAAAACACUACAGACCGUGAACCGCCAGUGGACCCGGGCCACAGCCACGGCACUGGACCGCUGCAGUGAACUUCAGGAAAGUGCACUGAAUGAGAGGUUUCUUCAUUGCUGUGAGAAGUGGGUCGAGCUGUUGGAGAAGACAGAAGAGAUGCUCAAGGUGGAUACUGCCCGUAGCCUCCCGGCUCUCCUGGACCAGCAGAAGGCAUUUGCAAUGUUAGAAGCUGAGAUGUGUAUAAACCAGUCAAUUUCUGAUUCUUACAUCACUCAAUCCUUACAACUCCUGGACACAAGAGAACUAGAGAAGAGACCAGAUUUUGUUUCUGAAUUCUCUAAGUUGACAGACCAGUGGCAGAGUGCUACACAGGGCUUUCGGCAGAAGAAGCGGGACAUCGACGGGCUGGUGAGGCAGUGGCAGUAUUUCAGCAGCUCCGCGGAGGACUUGCUGCGCUUCCUCUCCAGUACCUGCCACCUGCUGUCUGCCGUGAAGAGCCAGGGUGACUACAGCCUCUACCAGAGCAGACGUAUGAUCCUCGAGCUGAAGAAUAAAGAGAUCCAUUUGCAGCGCUGGAGAACAACCUAUGUGCUAACCUUGGAGGCUGGGGAGAAGUUACGGGCCAUGCCUAACCUGGGUGCUAAGGAUUCAAUUGAUCAGAUGAUCAGUCAGCUCCAAGACACCUGGCAGGACACAGAGCUGCAGCUAGGCGAGAUGAUCAAACGGUUCCAGAGCAUUGUGGAGACCUGGGACCAGUGUGAAAAGAAAAUCAAGGAGCUGAAAAGCAGGCUGCAGGUUUUAAAAGCACAAAGCCAAGAUCCUCUCCCUGAACUGCAUGAGGACCUCCACAAAGAAAAGGAGCUGAUGAAGGAACUAGAGAAUCCGUUGACCAACUGGAUUCAGAACUUGAAAGAACUUCAAACUAUGAAGGCUGACCUGAGCCAGCACAUUCUGGAGGAGGACGUGAUGGUGCUGAAGGAGCAGAUAGAGCAUUUGCACAGACAAUGGGAGGACCUCUGCCUUCGAGUGGCUAUCCGCAAACAGGAGAUUGAAGACAGACUCAAUUCAUGGAUCCUGUUCAAUGAAAAAAAUAAGGAGCUGUGUGCGUGGCUGGUGCAAAUGGAAAACAAAGUUCUCCAGACGGCAGACAUUAGCAUUGAAGAAAUGAUUGAGAAGUUGCAGAAGGACUGCAUGGAGGAGAUAAACUUGUUCAGUGAAAACAAGUCCCAGCUGAAGCAAAUGGGGGAGCAGUUGAUCCAGGCCAGCAGCAAGACGAGAGCUGCCGAGAUCAAAGACAAGCUCAGCAAAAUCAAUGACCGCUGGCAGCAUCUUUUUGAUGUCAUUGGAUCAAGGGUGAAGAAGCUGAAGGAGACAUUCGCUUUUAUUCAGCAGUUAGACAAAAACAUGAGCAACCUUCGCACGUGGUUGGCUCGAAUUGAAUCUGAGCUUUCCAAGCCGGUGGUUUACGACGUCUGCAAUGAUCAGGAGAUCCAGAAGAGGCUGGCCGAGCAGCAGGAUCUGCAGCGAGACAUAGAGCAGCACAGUGCAGGGGUGGAGUCCGUGUUCAGCAUCUGUGAUGUUCUUCUGCAUGACUCGGAUGCCUGUGCCAAUGAGACCGAGUGCGACUCCAUCCAGCAGACCACCAGGAGCCUGGACAGGCGCUGGAGGAACAUCUGCGCCAUGUCCAUGGAACGGCGCAUGAAAAUUGAGGAGACAUGGCGCCUGUGGCAGAAAUUUCUAGAUGAUUAUUCCCGCUUUGAGGACUGGCUCAAGUCUGCUGAGAGGACAGCGGCCUGCCCCAAUUCCUCCGAGGUGUUGUACACUAGUGCCAAGGAAGAGCUGAAGAAGUUCGAGGCCUUCCAGCGGCAGAUUCAUGAGCGGCUCACUCAGCUGGAGCUCAUCAACAAGCAGUACCGGCGACUGGCUCGGGAGAACCGCACGGACACGGCCAGCAAGCUGAAGCAGAUGGCCCAUGAGGGCAACCAGCGCUGGGACAACCUGCAGCGGCGGGUCACAGCCAUCCUACGGAGACUCAGACAUUUCACCAACCAGAGGGAAGAGUUCGAGGGCACCAGGGAGAGCAUUCUGGUCUGGCUCACAGAGAUGGAUCUGCAGCUGACCAAUGUGGAGCACUUCUCAGAGAGUGAUGCUGAUGACAAGAUGCGCCAACUGAACGGCUUCCAACAGGAAAUCACACUAAACACCAACAAGAUCGACCAGCUCAUCGUGUUUGGGGAGCAGCUCAUUCAGAAGAGUGAGCCCCUGGAUGCAGUGCUGAUUGAAGAUGAGCUGGAGGAGCUCCAUCGGUACUGUCAGGAGGUAUUCGGCAGGGUCUCCCGAUUCCACCAGCGGCUGACUUCUCAUGUUCCGGGCCUGGAAGAUGAGAAAGAGGCAUCCGAGAAUGACACAGACAUGGAAGAUCCCAGAGACAUCCAGACUGACUCUUGGCGUAAAAGGGAAGAGAGUGAAGAGCCCUCAUCUCCCCAGUCUCUGUGUCACCUCGUGCCCCCAGCUCCGGGCCACGAACGGUCUGGCUGUGAAACCCCUGUCAGCGUGGACUCCAUCCCCCUCGAGUGGGACCACACAGGGGACGUGGGGGGCUCUUCCUCUCACGAAGAAGACGAAGAGGGCCCAUACUACAGUGCACUGUCAGAUGUAGAAAUCCCUGAAAAUCCUGAGGCAUAUCUUAAAAUGACCACAAAAUCUUUGAAAGCGUCUUCUGGUAAAUCCAUCUCUGAUGGCCACUCGUGGCAUGUUCCUGAUAGCCCUUCCUGUCCCAAGCUUCACUACAAACAAAUGGAAGGUGACAGAAAUGUACCACCCAUCCCUUCAGAUUCCAGUACCCCUUACAAGCCAGCCUAUGUAAAGCUACUAUUAAGUCCAGGCGCUGAUGGUGGCAAAGAAGGUUCAGAAGUCAUGAAUGGCACCCAUCAGCAGGAAGACGAGCCACUGGUGGCCUUACCAGGCCAGCAAUCAGGUGCUUUUGACAAAUGGGAGCUGGUAGAAUCACCAGAGCUACACAGUAAACUCAGAAUAAAACAAAACAUGCAGCAACUGAGCUCUGAUAUCAACAACAUCACUGCUUGGCUGGAAAAAAUCGAAGCAGAACUGGAAACUUUAACAAUGGCGAAGCCUCCCUCCACUAUCCAGGAAAUAGAACUCAGAGUGAAGAGGCUGCAGGAGUUGCUAAAAGCCUUUGACACCUACAAGGCAUUAAUGGUCUCUGUCAAUGUGAGCUGCAAGGAAUCUCUGCCACCUGAGAGCGCCGAAUCUACAGAGCUCCAAAGUAGGCUCCGUCAGCUGAGCCUGCGCUGGGAAGGGGCCCAAGGCACAGUGGACAGCUGGCGAAGGGACUUACGGCAGUCGCUCAUGCAGUGCCAGGACUUUCACCGUCUGAGUCAAAACCUGCUGCUGUGGCUAGAGAGUGCUGAGAAGCAGAGGCAGAAGGCUCAUGUCGCUGACCCCAAAGCAGAUCCCCAGGCCCUCCUGGACUGUCAGGAAGAACUGAUGCAACUAGAAAAGGAGCUGGUGGAGCAUCAGCCUCAAGUCGACUCCUUGCAGGAGAUUGCCUCCAGCCUGCUCAUCAAGGGACAAGGAGAAGACUAUAUUGAGGCAGAAGAGAAGGUUCACGUAAUCGAGAAGAAACUCAAGCAGUUACGUGAGCAAGUCACCCAAGAUUUAAUGUCCUUGCAAAGAAGCCAGAAUCCAGACCUGUCUCUGCCCGACUAUGAUGAGGUAGACUCAGGGGACCAGUCUCCAGCAGCUGUGCCACCUACCCAAGUGAAGCAGUUCAGAGCAGUGAGAACAGAAGAGGAGGAGACCCACAACAGGGUGAGGGCUUCCACUGGCCCUGGCAGUGCUCAGCCCCAACGCUCCUUUCUCUCACGGGUGAUCAGGGCAGCGUUGCCCUUGCAGCUCUUGCUGCUGCUGCUGCUGCUCCUGGCCUGCUUGUUGCCCGCCUCCGAAGAGGACUACAGCUGUACCCAGGCCAACAACUUCGCCCGCUCCUUCUACCCCAUGCUGCGGUACACCAACGGGCCACCCCCCACCUAGGCGGCUUCGCUGCCACCAUGCCACCACCACAUCAGCCCGUGACCCUCAACAUUGGCAAGGUCCAGGGACCUGCUAUGAACACAUCCCUCCAGAUUUUGCCAGGAGAGGCUCUUGGGGCCCAGAGCAACUUGAAAAGAACCAGGCCAGCGUCUUGGCAGAGCUUCUCGAUUGCCUGAGGGAAUUCUGGAAAGGACAGUUUCCAAGGAGCCAUGCACUUUGUGAAUUUUGACUUAUUUGUAAAACAGAAUUACUACCAUGUCUCUAAAACAGUGGUGUUCAGCACAUAAAAUGUGUUCAUUAAAUCAGCAAGCAGAUUCGGCAUAGAAAUGGUUCAGCGACUCCUGUGUAUGGAUCCUGAGCUGAUUGAAACGAGCAUAUUUUAAAUGUUCCGAAUUGGCUUUCCUCAGCAAUUUGGGAGGAAUCAUUAGCCAACAAGCAGACCUACUGGUCAUAAGCCAAAAUAGUCUGUUCAGCACAUAAGUUGGCUCUUUUAUAUUGCUUUAAAUUUUUAAAGAAAUUUUAUUGCAUGGAUUUGGUUAUUUGUGCAUAUUUUUUAAAUUGCUGAAUCUGUAUGAAUAAUGUAAACUUUGAUUUUUUUUAAGAAAAAUCAGAUUUUAGUCCGAGCUUUUGACUAAUGUACAGUAAAUGCCAAACUACAGACUUGAUAAGGAUUUUUUUAAGUUAAUUUUAUAAGACCUUUCACAUUUAAAGAGACACUUCAGGUUUGCUUGAACUAUUUUGGGGGUGGGGAAGAGUUAGUACAGAAACUUGAAGCUGUUUGUGGUAUGUACAACUCAAAUGUUUCUCAUUAAAAAAUAAAAUUAGCCAGACCGUUGUGUUG